UGCAAUAUAGAGACUAGUCAUAGUGCAGAGAUUGGAUUACAACAAUAUUAACUCUUUUAAAGGAAUCGGGAAACGGUGCAUUUAAUUCCAGAGAUUUUUGCAGCUAAGGAAAUGAUGUUGUCAGCGAAUGUUAAAACUAGGGAUUGGCAGGUACUCUAAUAUAGAGUGCAUCCAACACCCUUUGCUAAGAUGUGAGUUGGAAACUAUUUGUUUCUGGGUCCAUUAUAACUGACUCACAGCAGAUGUGAUACAAAGUGUAAUAAAAUAAAGACAUACAUAUAAUUAGAGCAAAAGGACAGCUCUGGGGAAACACAUGGUUAGUAUGUCUGUCUCCCAACAGUACAGCUCAUAUUACUCUCAGCAGCCCAAUAUAUUAAAAACUGUUCCUGUUCAUCAAAACGAGAAAACUAAGCAAUGAGGAAAAUGGAGCAUAUUAAGAACGUAAGUUGUUUUGUUGGUGCCAACAGUGUUCCUCUUGUAUAAAGAAUGCAAAAUACUCACAAUCCACAAAUAACCUUCACGGUUCUUAUAAUAAAAACACACUGCGUUGUAUUGGUAAAAGAAAACCGGUAAUAAAUAGUACAUGAGAAAUUAAUGUAUAUAUUAAGUUUGCUUUAAUGGGUGAUAAGGUUUUACACAUUUCUCCUUGAACAUGAUAUGAUCUGAAUAAGAUUGAAAAUUAUACUAUUAAAGAAACCUGACUUUGACUUACAUUAGUACUCAAAUUCUUGAGUGCUCACAUAUUUCCAGAAAAAAAAGCGUGACAUAUAUAUAUAUAGUUUCCCUUCCUCAUGUCACUCAUUUCUAUUAAAUUUUCAAAUCUCAAGAUGAAAGUAAUAAACAAGGUGACUGUCAUUUUGCUAAUAUUGUCCUAAUCUUUUAGGUCUUUCUAUUACAGAUGACAUGUAUGCAGAGCAGACAGAGAACCCUGAAAAUCCAUUGCGAUGUCCCAUUAAAUUGUAUGAUUUCUACCUCUUCAAAUGGUAUGUGAAGCACAAUUAAGCCACUUAUUUUAACUACCUUGUGACAAAAUGUUCCUUUGCUUCCAUUAAAAUCUGUUUCAUAAAGCUAUUACUGCAUAUGAAUGGUUAUUAAUCUUAUAAGACGUUCUUAAUUGAGUUGGUAAAUCCAUUUUGAAAUAGGAUGCCUGAGGACCACAGUAAUAUGGCAUAGACAUUCAUUGGUACCUAAGGUGUUUUGUUGAAGUCAUUGAGUCUAAGCUACAAAAUGAGACUCCACAAAUACAUAAACCCUGUAAGAUUUUGCAUUUGGAAAUGCUCUUUACUUUAUCCUCUUUGGAACGUCAGCUAAACUUAAAAAAGUUUGUAAAUUGGAUGUACCAAAUGCAUGAUUUAUAAUCUUUAAAAAAAAAUCUUUGUGGUUGAACAUUUAUUGGAAAUGUAGAGAAAAACAAGUAGCAAGUGAGGUGAUAACAGACAACAGCUCAGUUAGCCUACCCUUCGGUGGGCUCCCGCUCAGAUCUCAAGCUGGUUUUAGCUGAUCUUGUGCCAUUACAGAGAGAACAUAUAUGAAGCAUAUCAGACUGGUCCCACCCGUACGGGCAGUCCAGAUCCGAAAUGCCAGCAAGUUCCCUUUGCAUGAGAGAUACAGCAACCCCAGACGAUCGUUUCCACCUUGUAAGGUAUCAUCAGUGAGGUAUAGCCAAUAUCCCUCUAGGCUCCGUGAGCAAGGGAUCCACGUCUGGAUUGCCCUUUAAACUUAAGGAGAGAAAGCCAAGUAGCAAAAGAGGUGAGAACAGACAACAGCUCAAUUAGCCUCCCCUUUGGUGGGUCCCUGCUCAGAUCUCAAGCUGGUUUUAGCUCAUUUAUUGAAAAUGUAGUUUUGUACAAUUUGAAUUAAAGAGUUAAUCCAAGCUUUAUAACCACGGCAGCCUGUGGUUAGUAUGCCAGAAGUACCCUUGCCCCCUUCCCUUUAAUAGGGCAAACCAUUUUACAACAGUUUGCACUCUUACCUGCAUGCCUGCUGGGCUCUUUUGUAGCUGGUGAGUAUUAAUUUUAAUAUGCACAGGAUUGACAUUAGCAAGCCAGUUACACCUCCAGCAGGAGAUUAAACUAGGUAUUUGCAGAUUUUCACAUACAAGUUCCAUGGACCAUGACUUCUGGAAAUCACUGAAGUAAUUGUGGUGCUUUAAGUAACUUUUUAAAUAUUAGCUCUGACCCUUUUGUAUUUCAUAUUAGAAAGGUUACACAUUUGCGCAUAUAAUAAUGUCACUGCAUUUUUUCCUUUAGCCCACAGAGUGUGAAAGGUCGUAAUGACACCUUUUACUUGACUCCAGAGCCUGUUGUGGCCCCCAACAGCCCAAUCUGGUACUCCACCCAGCCAAUCAGCAGAGAGCAAAUGGAACAGAUGUUGACACGAAUUCUAAUUAUCAGAGAAAUUCAGGAAGCCAUUGUGGUUGCAAGUGCCAGCAACAUGCACUAAUCCUUUCCAGCCACGAAUAAUAUGUAAACGGAAGAGAGAUCAUGUACAGACUUUUACACUAAAGAAGAUGCCUACAUUUUUUUUUUUCUUUUCUUUCUUUUUUUUUUAAUUCUAAUUAUUAUUAUUAUUAUUAUUGGUGUAGCUAUUGGAGCCACUUUUAGGCUUCUCCUGUUUAAAAUAAAGUAUACAAGAAAACAUCCACAAUGUGCAUCUUAACAAAACUAUUAAAAUGCAUUGUUAAAGGUUCUGCUUACCAAAUUACAGAGCACAGUGAUGGCCUUUUCUUUCAUGAAGUCCCUAAAUGUUAUAUAGUGUAUGGGACUAAACCUAUUUUAAAAAUAAAAUUUUAAAAAGUGCAGUUUAUAAAAUUGCCUGUGAUGGGUAACCUUGGGCACAUAGGCUGUUGUGAAUCAUUUCCCAUCAUGCUCAGCUAGCUGAUCAACUGGCUGUACAUCACUGGAAAUGUCAUCUACAGUUGUGGACCUGUGAAAAGUUAUUCAUCAAUGGUUUGCAGACUGGACUAAUUGUAAAAGGUUCUGCGUGUUUCCUUGCUACCAUAUAUACAGCCUUUUUAUUCUGUUUUUAUUUUACUUUUCUUUAGCAGUUCCCUAGUUUUAUAUAAUGGCAUAACUAUAUACAUACAGAUGUUUCAGAAACAGUGAGACUCUUCCACUUGACAUUGAAAAUACCCCCUAUUACUUUUUGUGGCCCAAAUAUCAAGGCCUUAAACUGCAGGCAUAGAAGCCUAUGUAAAUAUAUUGUAAUAUAAUCUUGUGUAUCUUCUGCACAUAUCUCCAUAUUUCUCCAUUGUUCUUAUGCUCUUUGUUUUAUUAAGAAUGACAAGCACGUCUUUUUAAUAUGCCACUGAGAAGUGUUUUUAUUUGGGGGGUGUAAGAUAUCUAUUUUGUACAUACAAAAGGUGUUGAAAUUUACAUUUAAUGAAAACCGUAAAUUGGGUGUCUUUAUUUUUUUGUUUUGUGGGGGGUUUUUUAAGGUGGGGGAAAAAAAGCUUAUGGAUACUAAAGGCAUCAAAACAAUUUUAGCUUAAUUAAGCAGUUUGGGUGUGUAGAUUUUGUCCCAGCAGUCUUUCUGCUCAUUUCUCUGCUUUUGUUUCUGUCCAUGCAGCCCUAACCAUAUCUUCCCUUCCUGUGACCCACACAGCCUGCAUGAAAAAUUGUUUAAUUUUAAUCAUAUGUUAACUUACUUUAUACAUUUUUAUCUCCUGUUUUGUAAAUUUAACUUUAAUCACUCCUCUAAUGUCUAAAAGUCUAUUAACAGAACAGGAUAAAAGAAAAUCUAAACAGAAUGUGCAAUAAAGGAAGUUUAAACAUUACAUUUCUCUUUUCAGGAAGUGUUUAGGAAGGCUGUGCAAGUCACAUGCAGGAAGGUGUGACAAGAGUUGUACAAACAAAGCGAUUUAACUCCU